AUGGCGGCUGACAUAAGAGUGGCAUUGUUUGAACAAAAUAAGCGAAUGUGGCGAUCUGUAUUUACUACUGUAAAUAAUUCACUAGUAUAUAUUGAUAAUAAUGUAGCAGAGCUAUUACACUGGUCGGGAAGUACACUGGAUAUGAUUAAUGCAGGGGCAAUACGAUUACAAAACAUUGAAUCUGGUUUGGUAAGCAUAUGAUUUGGUGACUUGGUCAAACCACGGUUAAUAUAAGGAUGAGAAUUGAGAUGCGAGAGUUUGCAUUCGAGUUUUCGCAAGUCUUGUGUCGUGGUCAAAUGAGAACAAGAGUUGUAUGAGAGAUGACUGCAUAUUAAUUACCACACAUGGUGACAACUCUUAUUAAAACUCUGCAUGAGAGUCGAUGAGAGUUGGGCAGUUGGCAGUCAAGUACGAGCAGAGUUUUAUCUCUUCAUCAAAAUUAUUUUACAAUUAAUGAGUUUGAAAUUUUGUGCUGUUGUUUGUGUUCUUGUAUACAUUGGGAGCGUCUGAUUGGUUGUUUGCUUGAUGAUGAUCCCAUUUCAUUGGUUUAAUUUGGUAGCUGAUUUAUUUAAAAACAUAGUAAAUCUUAAAAAUACUAAAAUUCUGCCAAAUGUUUGGCUGCAAACUGCAAGCCUUGCAGCCCACCAUAUUAGUCAGGUUGUAAAGUUAUUAGUACAGAUUUGUUUCAAGCAGUCAAUCAGCUAUCAUUCAACAGCUUUUGGAAAUUAUUUGAGUGCAGUUGCUCCGCUUGUACAGUACUAGCCAAAAAUUACAUAUCUUAAAAGGUUUCUUGACAUGUAAUUACACUAUUUAGAGUGGCAGUAAAGAUGAAAGAAAAGCAGUGUUCAUCUCAAGUUCAUUAUUACCUGGGAAAGGAAUUGAGAAACUUCAAAAAAUUAUUGAAUCUAGCCAUUUCCAGUCUUGUACAAUUUUCUGUACAGUAACAGAUGCUGAUAUGUCACUUGCAUUUAAACAAGGUGGAAAUGUAGAAAAUGAAUCAUUUUAUGACAAGCUUAAGGAAAAUGUUACAUUUUGGAUGAAUAAUAAG